GCCUUGCGCAUGUGUGCCCCAAUCGCGACCCUCGGCUUGCGUCGCACGCUCGUCCCCUGCUCCUCGCGCUUGCGCGUCCGUACUCGUGACGCCUACUCCUACUCGGCCUCAGCCUCCGCUCGCGUCUCCAUUACUCGUGCGCCCAGCGCGCCCCGUGUCUCCGCUGCCCGACGCCCGCGCGUCCCAACCAACGCCGGCAUCCAAAUCCUCCUUCGCGCACCCGUGUGUUUCCAGCGCUGCCCGUGUCUUGAUUUCAUCCUAGCGUGCAUCAUUGCCCGAUGCGCGCCAUUCACCCCUAGUCGUGCUCCUUCGACCCCGUUCUCGCCGAUCGCCUUCGAACACACUCUCAAUGGCCAUGGAUCCCAACCUUCCACCCUCUCACAAUCUCCUGCACGCCAUACCCAUCCAUCUUCCAGCCUUUGCUUACCACGCCUUCUAGCCUCCGAGCACCAUGCUCGUCUCUUCCUCGAACAAGGCUUACACCAACAACAGGAAUCCUUAGCCUUUGCCUUACGUUUCCUUCGGGCUCGCUUGGUCUUGCGCUUCUUAGGCUUUAGCUUGGACUGUGGACCACAUCCUCUUGGCCAGUCCCUCUUGCAUGAAGGUCGAUAUAUCGUGCUUGAUGGCUCCUCUAGCAUGCUUUCCAAACAAAUAUUGAGGUCGUCGCCAUCCUCAUCUUCAGACUCGCCUGGGUUGAUGAACACUUCCGUAUCAUUCCCCUCCUCUUCAAGACUUUCCUUUUCCUCAAGGAUUAGAAAAUUCAGCGCACCAUCAUCUUCACCGUUUUGGACUUCACCCUCUCUUGUUCCUCGGGCCUCUACGAGUUGUCGCUCGUAUUCCUCUAGAUUUCUUUGCUCAUGGAGUUCGUCUAGAUACGUGCUUUCCCAUGGGGUGACGUCCCAACCAACGCCGGCGUCCAAAUCCUCCUUCAUGCACCCGUGUGUUUCCAGCGCUGCCCUUGUCUUGAUUUCAUGCUCGCGCGCAUCAUCGCCCGAUGCGCGCCAUUCGCCCCCUAGCCGUGCUCCUUCGACCCCGUUCUCGCCGAUCGCCUUCGAACGCACUCCCGAUGGCCAUGGGUCCCAACCUUCCAACCUUGCACAAUCUCCUGCACGCCAUACCCAUCCAUCUUCCAGCCUUUGCUUACCACGCCUUCUAGCCUCCGAGCAUCAUGCUCGUCUCUUCCUCGAACAAGGCUUACAUCAACAACUGGAAUCCUUAGCCUUUGCCUUACGUUUCCUUCGAGCUCGCUUGGUCUUGCGCUUCUUAGGCUUUAGGUUGGACUGUGGACCACAUCCUCUUGGCCAGUCCCUCUUGCAUGAAGGUCGAUAUAUCGGGCUUGAUGGCUCCUCUAGCAUGUUUUCCAACCAAAUAUUGAGGUCAUCGCCAUCCUCAUCUUCAGACUCGCCUGGGUUGAUGAACACUUCCGUAUCAUUCCCCUCCUCUUCAAGACUUUCCUU